CUGGAAACAAUAUGCUGACGGUUAAAGUUGAUGUGUCUGCCCUUCGCGAAGAUGCUCCAAAAAUGAUAAUUGUAGAAGUUCCCUUGGCAUCUAAAGUGGAAGAAUUAACUGACUUUGUUGUUAAAGACAUUCAGAAUGGAGAUAAAGUGGAAGCAGAUUCUUUACACUUUUGGACAAGGACCGGAAAGCGAUUGCACAACAAGUAUCUACUGCGACGUACACGCCCUACUGACCAGCCUUUCCUAGUCGCCGAGGUAUCCUCCUCCUGUUCCAAGCCUGUGCAGUCUGACAGAUCUGAAUUGCAGACUAGAGGAAGCUCAUCAAGUCUGAUAAAUGGUUUGGCGCAUGACCAUCAUAGAUCAACAAGGGAGAAAAAGUCUAGGAAGACACUGUCUGGAGUUACCGAUUCUGAAUUCUGUAACCACUCUAAAAAAAAACGUAUAAGUAAAGCAGAAAAAACAAUCAAACGAAAACUCUCUGAUAAUGGGUAUCUGGAUUCAAGGACUGCAUCUAACAAUCUGGUGAAAACAGGAGAGGGUGCAAUUGAAAUUCCACAAUAUGAAACAUGUAAGCCAGAUGUUAGAGAGGUUUUCCAGAAUGGCUCUAACAACCCAGAUCGACUUUCACCCAGCAACAGAUCUACAAUUUUUCCUACACAAUCAAAUGCUGACAUAGUAAAGUUUAAAGAUGAAAUGGUACAUUCGGCAACAGAAGUUUCAACCAAUCAUAUGUCAGAACAAGAUAUGUCCUGUUGUGAUGGAAACGAUGACAGCGAUGAUGAUAUUCAGAUCAUUGAUGUUACUGGCGAAGAAACAGUAACCAAUCAACAGAUUGUGUACUACAUGACAGGAAUUUUUCAGAGGUAUCAAGAAAAGAGACACCCAAGGUCACCAACAUUUGAAGUGGUAAUGAAAAAGCUUCAAGAAGCCUAUCCACAAAAUAUGAAUGGAAGGGAAGCAAUGGUGAAAACUGUCUAUGAAGAAUUAUUGCAAAGUUGUCCUAAGCGUAACCGUGCCCCAAAGGUUGAGGCUGUUGUAGGAUGUUAUAAACUGACUGAAGAAGACUUUGCAACCUUACAGGAGGGAUGCUGGUUAAAUGAUAAUAUUAUAAAUGCUUACUUAUACCUGUUAACGGUGGCUGAUCCUACUGGUAUGGUGUAUGCUUUCAGCACAUUUUUUUACCCAACAUUAUUGAAAAAGGGAUAUAAUUCCAUCAAGAAAUGGACUAGAAAGGAGAAUUUGUUCAAGUAUCGACUACUUUUAGUGCCAGUACAUCUCAAUAAUCAUUGGACCAUGGCAUUAAUCAACAUUAAAAGUCACAUGAUCCAGUAUUAUGACUCGGUAGGAUCAAAGAAUCCUACCUGUCUAAAGAACCUUAAAAAGUUUAUGGUACUAGAGGCAAACCAACAUCAAAAUCCUAAAUGGAUGUUGAAAACAUGGAAAACCUCAACUGUAGAGGGCACUGUUCCAAGACAAACUAUCAGUGGUGAUUGUGGAGUGUUUGCUUGUCAGUUUGCAAGGUGUAUGGUUGCCAGAAAUUCUGCAGAGUUUCAUCAAAACGAGAUGCCUCAAAUUCGUCAACAGAUGAUUAGUGAGAUUCACGAGGGAGAGGUUGCUCUGUAGUUUGAUGGAAAUCUCUGAUUAUGUUUUAACUACCUCAUGUUUUGAUGAUUUAUUAUUACUGUACAGGUCUCCCUCCAAUUGAAGACCUCUUUUGGGGUCAGGGUUUCUAUAGUCUUUAGCAGCUUUGGUCUCUAAUUAGAAUGAUAGACAUUUGUUUAUUUAGGACCACAGAAAAGUGGUCUUUAAUUAGAGGUGGUCUUUAAUUGAAGGGUUUUUAAUUAGAGGGAGACCUGUAUAUGCUGCCCACUCCAUUUAAGAAUUAUUUAUGCAAAGUAUGUAUUGCUGAAGAUGUUUCAGAAUUCAUGUGAUUGAAUUAAAAAUGUUAUCUAUUCAUGUUCUUUAAAAAUGUGGGUGAAAUGCACUUUUAAUCCAAGUAGCAUUUAGAGAGUAUGAAACAAACUCAGUUUGGGGGGAUCAGGGUGAUUCGAGGAAUUGUGAUUUUUUUUCCCUUCAUCUUGUUCUGAAAAUGAACUGAAGUUUGAAAAAUUUGAAGCAUCAUGACUACAUUAUAUUCCUUGGGGUUGUUUCAUACUUAGUGUUGAACCUAAUAGUUAUAUUAUUAAAAUGAUAUUGAUUAUAUGAUGGUGAUGUUCAUUAUAAUGAUAAUGAUGAUGAUGCUGACGACGAAUAUAUAAUUACAAUAAUAAAAAUGUCAAUGGUUUUUUACAAUAAU